AUGCAUCCGGAGGCGUUCGAGGCCCUCUUGCAUUUCAUGUACACCGACUCGGUUCCGGAGAUGACCAUGAAUUCGCUGAAAGAUGGAGCCGCGCUAGCCGAGGAUCUCCUCAUCGCCGCCGGCCGGUAUAACCUGAAGGACCUGAAGUCCCUAACCGAGAACAAGCUGUGCAGGUGCAGCCAUGUCGGCGUGAGCACGGUCCUGCUGAUGCUGGCAAUUGCGGAGCAGUAUCAGUGCUGCAAGCUUAAGAAGAUGUGCCUAGGGUUCAUCGAUUCUACAGCGAACGCGUGGGCGAUCAUGGCGACUAACGACGUCGAGAAUCUGGCGAGAAGCAGUCCCCGUGUUGUGAAGGAUGUGAUCACUGAGAUUUUGGACACAAGGAAGACGAGGAGCAAGCGUCUCAUCAAAGCUUGCAUUUAUGCUUUCUGUUUGCAGAUGCUCAUUUUGGUGUUUGCUAUUCUUAAAAAACAGUAA